AUGUUAUCCUGUCCUCCACAAACUCAUCGUUAUAGUGCUGUGGAUAUAAUGCAGAACCCUUGGUACCCGCCUACUAGGCAAACCUACACCACCAAUUUGGUGGUGGAAACCGCUCCACCAAGUAAUAGUCGGGAGCAGAGAAACAAAGCAGAAAAACAAAGGAGGGACAGACUGAAUUCGUACAUUGGAGAACUGGCCACUCUGGUUCCAAUGGUGUCCAAAAGUGCGAAAAGAUUAGAUAAGACCAGCAUCCUCCGACUGACAGCAACACAUUUAAGGAUCAAACAAAUGUUAAAUAGUAGUAAAAUAGUUCCAAACAUGGAUUUCCCUAAACACAUCGAUCAGCUACUUUUAGAACAACUCAUUUACGAGCAAAUGAGUGGUUUCCUGCUCAUCGUUUUAGCGUCUGGAAAAAUCGUCUUUAUCUCAAACACAGUGGAAAAUCUACUUGGACAUUUACAGACUGAUCUCAUGGGUCAAUCAUUAUUCAACAUAACGAACUCCAACGACCAAGACCGACUCAAGAUGUUCCUUCAGUGCGAAGGCGACAUCGAGCAAGAAUGGAGGAAGUCCUUUAUUAUUAGACUGAAGAGGGCCGGUCCGAGGUCCGAAACGCCCGUUUACGAAGCAGUGCGCAUGAUGGGCAUGCACCGGCAGGCGCCCAACCUACAUAAUAGUAUAUUGGACACGUGCAGUACGACCAGCAGUAGUUCGUCGACGUCAGGAGUCAAUAAUGAUGAUGUUUUAGUAUUUUUUGUACAAGUUACCCGACCAGAACCAUUCAUCGAAAGACUAAUGGAGGCUUCAAAGGACGAGUAUAGGACGAGACAUCUAAUCGACGGACGGAUCGUUGGUUGCGACCAGAGAAUUUCCAUAAUAGCAGGAUAUAUGACUGAAGAAGUAAUGAACCACUCAGCUUUCUUGUACAUGCACAGAGACGACGUCCGUUGGGUUAUGAUUGCUCUAAGACAAAUGUACGAUAGAGGAGAAAUGAAAGGUUCCUCGUGCUACAGACUGCAAUCUCGAAAUGGUCAAUUCAUUUAUCUAAGGACGAACGGUUUUUUGGAAAUCGAUGACUCCGGAACCGUUGAAUGCUUCACCUGUAUCAACACAUUGGUGUCGGAAAUGGAAGGCCUGCAGUUAAUCGAAGAUAUGAAAAAGAGAUACUCUGCUAUUUGUUACUUUGAGAACCUCACCCCUCCUCCAAGCAACGACUCAAUUGAUAUAGUUGAAGAUCCACAACAAGUUGAAAGAGCUCUUAUCCAUUUGAUGGAAAAUCUUCCUUCUGGUGCUGCUGCCGAAGAAAUAAUUAAUUCUAAUGCUAAUACCAACUUUGGCUCAAUUCCCAGUCCCCCAUUAGAGACUCAAGACUUGACGCCGAUGACAGACUGUUCUCCUCCCAAGAUACAUAUGAAAAGGCCAAAGAGGCCGCAGAGUACUGAUGGACCUUAUGAUCAUUACACUUACAAAAAACACAAGGCAGCCGUUUUACAGAAAGUGGCGUCACCGGAAAGCAGGGAGCCAUCACAAGGAUACAAUGGAAAAUCAGUCAAACAAGAACCUGAAAAGUCCAUAUAUCAACAUGACCACUUGCUAAGCCAGAAGUAA